AAUCAUAAUAAGGGAUAAAGGGGGGCUCAGGCUCUAGAUGUACUGAAUGUGUGUUUCUGAUGUGUGUGUCCCCCAGCAGUGCCAUGGCGGCCCCCACCACCAACGUUCCUAAAGGCUGUGGCCCCUCCGUGGGCUCCCUGUACUUCAACCUGUGUGACUUGACUGCAGUGUGGGGCAUCGUGGUGGAGUCACUGGCGGCUUUAGGUGUGGUGACGGCCUUCGUCCUCAUCGUCAUCCUCAUGGCCAGCCUUCCCUUCGUGACAGACAGGAAGAGGAAAGGUAUGGUGGCCCUGCAGGCCAGCUUUCUGGUCUUCACCCUUGGCCUCUUUGGCCUCUCUUUUGCCUUUGUCGUGGGCCGGGACUUCACAAGCUGCACCGCGCGCCGCUUCCUGUUUGGUGUACUGUUUGCCGGUGGUCUUGCCUGCCUCCUGAUGCAUGGGCUGUGGCUGGUGCUCCUGAACCGGCAGGGCCAGGGCCCCCAGGGCUGGAUGCUGUGUCUGGGGGCCCUGGCCUUUUGGCUGGUUGAGAUCAUCAUCAAUACAGAGUGGCUGAUCAUCACGGUGGAGAGGAGGCCAAUGACGGCCAGUGGCAGCCCUGACAUCUCCUGCAGUAUCACCAACCAGGACUUUGUGAUGGCUUUGAUCUAUGUCAUGGCCCUGAUGCUGGGCGUGGUGCUGAUGGCCGUGCCCUCGCUCACACACAAACACAAGGCCUGGCGGCGGGACGGAGCCUUCAURCUGGCCACCGGGGUCUGCUCCAUGGCCGUGUGGGUGGCCUGGAUCGUCAUGUACAUCUAUGGGAACCAGGUGGCCGGGGACCCCAGCUGGGACGACCCCACCCUGGCCAUUGCCCUGGUCAGCAAUGCCUGGGUGUUCUUGGUCCUAUACACCAUCCCAGAAAUCUGCUCCCUUACCAAGGAUCAGGAUGAGCAGCCCAGCGAUGGGGAACACAUUAUCUACCCGGUCAGGAGCUUGGUCUAUGAUAACAUUCUGAAGGAGCAGAACACUGCAGCAGCAGCAGCCCAUCAGAACAUGUAUAUGGAGAACAAGGCCUUCUCCAUGGACGAACCCAACACAGAGUGA